CGAAUCUCCAUCUCCAGGCUCCAGUUACACUUGUCCCCUCCCCUCUCGUCUCAGCCUCUCUCCCCUCCCUCCAACCCCGCACACACCACUCACACAUCCUCCAGGUGAACAAGCACAAAAUUCGAACACGAAAAUCCAAAAAAUCCGAUCUCUACCUCCAUUUCCAAAUCAUCACCUGGGCCCGCCCCAAAUGCGCCAGCCUCGCGCCGCCACCACCGCGCGCCGUCGAUGACUCCCGCCCCUCCGAACGCUGGCGGCGACCUCUUCGCCGCCAACCUCACGGGCGCGCUCCUCGCCGUCGCCUCCUCCGCCUUCAUAGGCGUCAGCUUCAUCGUCAAGAAGAAGGGCCUCCGCCGCGCCGGCGCUGCCGGCACCCGCGCAGGUGUUGGGGGCUAUGGAUACCUCCUGGAGCCAUUGUGGUGGGUUGGGAUGGUUACCAUGUUGAUUGGUGAGAUUGCUAAUUUCGUGGCCUACAUGUUUGCGCCAGCUGUUCUGGUCACCCCACUUGGUGCGCUCAGCAUAAUUGUCAGUGCUGUUCUAGCCCAUUUCAUCCUGAAUGAGAAGCUGCAGCGGAUGGGUGUGUUGGGUUGUGUGCUCUGUAUAGUCGGGUCAACCGUAAUCAUCCUCCAUGCACCCGAAGAAGAGACGCCAAGCUCUGUGGCGCAGAUCUGGCACUUGGCAACACAACCUGCCUUUCUUUGUUAUGCGGCCUCUGCAUUGGUGAUCUCAAUGAUAUUGAUGCUGCACUGUGCACCCCGCUAUGGCCAGACCAAUAUAGUGGUUUAUGUCGGCAUUUGCUCAGUGAUAGGAUCUUUGACGGUAAUGAGCAUCAAGGCGGUAGGCAUUGCUAUCAAGCUUACAAUUGAGGGUAUAAACCAGGCUGGCUAUUUCCAAACUUGGUUGUUCGUUCAAGAGUCAUGUGAUGUGAUGCACUGA